AUGCCUUCCAAAGAGUCCCAGGCGAUGGAGAAUCUGUGGAACAAAGUGAACCGGUUCCUCACAGCAUAUGGGCUGGAACCCGACUUGUAUCAAAUGUUGAUGGAAGAAGCGGCCGGUGAGGCUUCAGAGCCCUCGGGAGUCCUCUACGAAGAGGUCAACUGCCCCGGAACCGUCCGGCCAGCCAUCUGGUGUAAGCCUCUAUCGGCUUCGCCUUCGCGGGUGAUAUUGUACAUGCAUGGAGGAGGUUUCAGCGCAGGCUCUCCAGCAAGCCAUCGCAAGACAGUGGCACAUCUCGCCGAGAAGGCUGCAUGCCACGCUCUCAUAAUCGACUACCGACAAGCACCAGAACACCAGUUUCCCAAGCAAAUCGAAGACGUCGUUGCCGCAUACAAGUGGCUGAUGGACGAGAGAGGAGUUUCCAGCAAGAAUAUCGCCUUUGCCGGCGAUUCUGCGGGAGGCAACCUGACGGUGUCAGCCUCGCUUGCUGCUAGGAGCCUCGGACUGGAUGUCCCAGCCGCGAUCGCAGCUUUCUCUCCGUGGAUCGACAUGACCCUGGCUGGAAAGAGUUUCCAGACAAACAAAGAUACAGACGCCCUUGUAGUUCUAGAGGGUAUGCAGGGCGUCGUCGGCACCUACCUGGGCAAUGCAUCCCUGGACGACCCGCUUGUUGACUUGCUUCACGCAGACUUCAAGGGUCUUCCACCAAUGUACUUAGCUUCAGGCACGGCAGAAGUCUUACAGGAUGAUGCGGUUCGUCUGGCAGAGAAAGCAAAGGCCUCUGGAGUUGAAGUCCAAUUGGAAUUGGCCGAGGGAAUGCAACACGUUUGGGUCUUCAUGGCAGGUCGAGCGCCGGAGGCAGACCAUGCCCUUUCCCAGGCUGCGGAUUUCAUCAGGAGGCACAUGGUGGCUAGCUAA